AUGCGCGGAGUGAACAAAGUAAUUAUCGUUGGCAACACAGGCAAUGACCCCGAAGUAAGCCAAUUCCAAAAUGGCGGUAGCGUGGCAACAAUAGCAGUGGCGACUUCUGAAAAAUACCAAAACAAGCAAACUGGCGAAUGGGUGGAAAACACCGAAUGGCACAGGGUAAAAGCGUUUGGUAAGUUAGCAGAAAUUAUCGCUCAAUAUGUGCGAAAAGGAACACCGAUAUACAUCGAAGGUAAGCUAAAAACCGACAAGUACACAGACAAAAACGGCAUUGAGCGUUACGCAACAAAUAUUAUUGCAGACCAAAUGCAAAUGUUAGGCGGCAACCAAAAACGCACAGCAAAUGGCGGCUAUCAGCAACAGAACAAACAAAAAAAGCCCCAAACCAGCCCAUACCACAGGCGGGCUAUCAGCAGCAAAACAACCAACAACAGCCACAACCUAGCCCAUACGCACAGGCGGCAUUAA